AUGCUCACCACCUCAACAACAGCUCACCAAAUCCGCAUCUUAAUCGAUCCAGGUUCCGAAAUCUCGUUCAUCUCCGAAGAACUCACCCGUCUGCUCAACCUUCGGAGACACAGAUCAUCCAUCACAAUCAUUGGUGUUGGUGGAACAAAAUCAACUGAAACAAAGGGUGUGGUCACUGUCACACUCCAAUCAAUGCAUUCACAACAGACUGUCUGCAUCCAGGCGCACGUGCUCACAGCCGUAUCGACAAUCCUGCCAUCGUUCUCAAUGAGAACUCCGGAUUGGCCUCACAUUAGAAAAUUGAGGUUGGCGGACAAUGAUUUCUUGACACCACGACCAGUCGAUUUAAUCAUUGGAGCGGAUUUCUACGGAAGGAUCAUCAAGCCAAAUAUCAUCAAGGGCUCACCAACAACACCAAUUGCUCAACUUUCCAUUUUUGGAUGGCUCGUCAUUGGCCCAGUCAACGAAUCACAUGCAAAUACUCAUUAUUCACAUUUUGCAGUUGCUCAAGACGACCAGAGCAAUCUGCAAGAGCUGCUCACCAAAUUCUGGGUUCAAGAGGAAUCACCAAUGGAUACUCCAAGCACGCUCACUCCGGAGGAAGAAGAAUGCGAAUCACAUUUCUGUGCGACUCACACUCGUGAUCACACUGGAAGGUACAUCGUUCGCAUUCCACUCAAGGCACCAGCAUCGCUCAUAGGCAAUUCACACAAGAUUGCUCAAAGAUGUCUACAAAGCACGUUGCGACGACUCUCCAAGGAUUCAACAUACAACCAGCUCUACGUCGAGUUCAUGAAAGAGUACGAAGAAUUGGGACACAUGGACCUUUCUUCGCCGUACAACGAUGACAUCAACGACACCAAUCUUCAACAUUUCUUCGGUGACUAA